AUUACAAACAUGAUAUGUCUUUCAAACAACAUUUAUACUACGAAUAAGCUUUAAACUAGAUCAUUCUUUAGACAUUUUCCGAUAAUGCAGUUCAAAUGCUGAAAAUCCCAAGAGGAAUAAUCUAAAAUAUGGAUGACAAUAAUAACAAUAACACUAGCGAACCUGUAAAUCCUGAAAUUGUGACAAAGACAAACAAGACUGAUCAAACUGCAGUUCAAAUCGAAACCGAGGACUCGUGUAAAAGCACUUUACUGCCGGACACUAAUACAAACAAACCCUCGAUCAAAACCAUAGAAUUUGAAGAAAAUAUACAUGUAGCCACAAAACAUGGUUGUAAAUUCGCCAAACAUCGAAAAUGGAUUAUAGGACUAUUCAUCAGUUUUUGUGUUGUCGCAAUUUGUAUUGCUGGUGUAAUUGUUGGAUUAAACAAUCGAAACGCUCUCGACGCGCAGUCAUUGUCAGACGUACCUAUGCCUAUAGGGGAAAACUGUGUUGAAGAUACGCACACGGCCGAGACACGAAAAACGAAGUGUUUGGAUGCAACGACGAAUUACACUAGGAACAAUAAUGCCACCAAAGAUCUGACCAUACCUACAAAUGACCAUGAGCUUACCGGAAAUAUGACAAGCACUGCAUCAUUUAUAUGUGACUCGUUUCCUCAUGUCUUGAGAAAAUUAUGCAAUGCUUAA